AUAUCCUCACAAGUCUUACAAGCACCACCACUAGCUAUUAGCAAGCUAAGCAUUGUUGUGACACUAUUAGCAAAUUAUGGCACCAAAAAAUUGCAUUGCCAUUGUCUUCAUUGUCUUCCUUGCUAUGUCUUCAUGUUCUGCUUAUCAAACUAAAAAGAAGCAGCACAAGCCCUGUAAGGAGUUAGUGUUGUUCUUCCAUGACAUUCUCUACAAUGGCAAGAACGAACGCAAUUCCACGGCGGUUAUCGUGGCAGCCCCGGAAGGGUUCAACCGGACGAUACUGGCAGAUAAGUUCCAUUUUGGGAACAUUGUGGUGUUUGAUGACCCAAUCACACUUGACAACAAUCUUCACUCGCCAUCAAUUGGAAGGGCUCAAGGGAUGUACAUUUAUGACACUAAAAGCACCUUCACCGGCUGGUUGGGUUUUUCUUUCUUCUUCAAUAGUACACAACACCAAGGGAGUAUAAACUUUAUGGGCGCGGAUCCGAUUCUGGUGAAGGCUAGAGACAUUUCUGUGGUGGGUGGAACUGGUGAUUUCUUCAUGCAUAGAGGAGUUGCAACUUUGAUGACUGAUGCUUUUGAAGGCGAAGUCUAUUUUAGGCUCCGGGUUGAUAUUAAAUUCUAUGAGUGCUGGUAGAAAUGUUUUUUCCUUUUUUUUUUCUUCUUCUAAUGUGUGUGUUUUUUAAGUGAUGAGUGUGGGUUCAUUGGCUUGCUGUAAUGGACUGUGUUAGUGGCCAUUUUAAAGUUAUCAAUUUCCUACUAGAAACGCAGAGUCUAUUUAACAUUUUCUUGGUGUGGGAUUCUAUUCUAGGACAACUGUCUUUCAAUAAAUAAGAAUGAAUUUUGGUGGAUCAGCACAUGCUGUACUACGAUUCCUUUUCUGGGAAAAA